AUGUCUAACGUUAGGUUGGCUAUCAGAGUGCGUCCGUUCACUGAAAGAGAGUUAAAAUUGGAUAAGGAAAAGCUACCGGUUGUUAAUGUGGUAGAUGAAAAGACUGUGGCCAUAACGAACAUUAAGGUGAGCGUGUCGGGCGCGGGCGACAGCCGCCUGCGCGUGCGCAGCUACCGCGCCGACUACACCUUCGACAGCCACUGCCCCGCUCUACCGACUUAUGCAUCACAGGAUAAAGUAUUCGAGACGCUCGGCCGCGACGUGGUCUCCACGGUCCGCCGCGGCGUGUCAGCGUGCGUCCUGGCGUACGGGCAGAGCGCCACCGGCAAGACGCACACCAUGAUAGGCUCCGAGCUCCAGCCCGGCCUGCUGCCCAGGGUCUGCCGGGCGCUGGCCGAGGGCGGGGAUAUGGCUGUCACUGUCAGUUUCCUAGAGAUAUACAACGAGCGCGUGCAUGACUUGCUGUCGUCAGAGGAGCCUCCCCGAGCGCCGGAGUCCGCCUUCCACUCGCUGCCGAGACGACGAGGGAACGUCAGGAAGGACCUGCGAGUGAGGGAGCACCCUGACCGAGGCGCCUAUGUGCAGAACCUCCGCCGCGUGUCAGUCCACGACGUCGAAGCCCUCCUGUCGCUGGUGUCCGAGGGUGCCCGCCGCCGCCGCUGCGCCGCCACGCGCCGCAACCCCGUCUCCUCGCGUUCACAUGCCCUGCUCGAGCUCUGCACUAGCAAGGCUACUUUGCAUCUGGCUGAUCUAGCUGGCAGUGAGAACGCGAGCUGGGAGGGCAGUGCCGGCGGGAGACAGAAGGAGGGCGCCAACAUCAACAAGUCCCUCGUCGCGCUGAGCAACGUCAUAUCAGCGCUUGUGUCGGGCCGCGGGCGCUUCGUCCCGUACCGAGGCUCCGCCCUCACGUGGCUGCUCAAGGACACCUUCUCUGCCGGCGCGAGCACUUUCAUCAUCGCCACCGUAUCACCCAGUGCCUCUUGCUACGGGGAGUCAGCGUCGACGCUCCGCUGGGCGGCGCGCGCGCGGCAGCUGCCCCCGGCCCGGGCGCCGGUCCGGAGCGCCCAACUAUCCCGGACGCAACUGCAGGUGACACUGACGCGGCUCCUGGACGAGCUCGCCAGUCACCACAUACGAUAUAUACCUGAAACUGGAAAUAUAUCUUACGACGAUAAGCAUUGGAACCUAGUGAAUAACUUCUCGUAUGACAAUUAUAUUUCUAAACAAGAAGUAGAAAUGAAUCCAUCUACAGUCAAAGCAGAUGCACAAAACUCAGAAUCGACGGCUUCGUCUGUUGCAAGCGGCAGCUCCGACGUACUCAACACGUUCGAUAAGAAACAAAUGCCGAGUCUCACUUCCGUCAUUAACAAGGAAAUGGACAAUCUCUUCGGACCUUCUUUAGAAAGAACUAAAAGUGGUUCAGACCUUAAAGUCAUUGCUCCUAUGCGAGCCAAGAGACGACAAUACCGGUCCCAGGAGGUUUUACCGAUCGAUAAGACUUUGUUAUCGGAUCUGGCUGUACAAGUUAAUCAAGCUUUGGAUCCAAGUUCAUUAAUGAAUGAAUCAAAAUCAGGGAAAAUUGAUUCGGAAUCUACCGAUGUAAGCCGAAAUAAUCAAUCUAUUCCAAUACUGUAUGAUAAUAAUCAACGAGCUGAAAUUGUAGCUUCAGUCACAGAACGAUUAUAUUCAAAACUUAAAAAGAAAGAAGAAUCAGCUGUGGCAAAAAUGGAAUCGAUGGUCGACAAGAAGAUAAUGGAACCUUUGAGUGAACUGAGAAUUUGUACAAAUGCUCGCCAGCGACUCAUGGAUAUCAGCCAAAAAGCAAUGAGAAACAAGCGAAGAAUAGGAAUACCCGCACAUACGCAAACUCGCAAAAUGAUAACAAGAGUGCGGGAUCAAGGUGUGGAUAUACAGACGGAUUUACAGCCAUAUUUUAUAAAAGAAAGAGAUACAUUUAUACCAUAUAAGGACAUCGCUACAGAAACAGUUGCAACUACACCUAGAUGCAAGGAAAUUGCAGUCGGGCCUAGAUGUGGCUCAGUAACUUAUAGGGAUAGUUCAACUACCACAGGUGCUAUAGUACAAUAUAGAAAUUCAUUUUCAAUGACUGAUGAUUUAUUGAAAUGCGAACAAUGUACCCAAACGGUUGUGGUACCACCACCAAGACGGAGAAGAUCUACAUUUGCAAAAUAUCUGAAAAGUGAUUUUAGGAGGAAAAGUUGUGUAGAGAGUACACCACCGCCAGUUAUUAACAUAAAUAUAUCACAGGCGUAUCAAACAGAUUCCGAGUCUCCUUCUGAAGAUGGCGCAAAAUCUUUGCCAGUUACGAGUCAGCCUACUACUUCAAAUAGUAAUAAUGCUCCUCUAGUUUGUAUGCCUCCGGAUUUAUUAAACAAUCAUAAUGCGUUAAAAAAUCUAAAUGCAGAUGAUGAUGAAAUAAAAACAGACCCUGUCUUAAACAUUAUGUCAGAUGAUACCACGGAUAACUGUGACGGCCCCCCGCUAGAACCAGAAAUACACGUGUUCUCUGUAGGACAUUUAAAUAGAAGUACUACAGAUGAAGAUUUUCCAGAUUUAGAUUGUCCUCUACCGCGAGUAACUCCGAGUCCACAGCCUAUUUGUUAUCGUAAUGAUAUAGAAGAAAUGAUAUUAUGUAACAAAAACACGUAUCCAUAUAAUAUUGUUUUAUCACCACCACAUGAGAAACUAAAUGGCAAAAGGUCGGUUAAAUUUCAGGGAGUUGAUGCUCAUUCAACAAAUUCGAUAUCAGUAGCUUCUCAAACUAGCUCGGAGUGGAAAUCCUGUUAUAAAAUCCAAUCUUGUUCGGAUUUGUCAAGUUCCGAAAAAGAUGUCCAAAGUAACAAGUCUGAAACAGCGCCUGAUGUAAAUAGUACCGACUCUACAGACUCUACCAAAGUUGAUAAAGGAUUUACUUUUAAAAAUUACUCCAGUGUCCCACAAAACAAAAUAUUCCGAAAAAUAGGUCAUUAUACGCCUGUGUAUAAACAUAAUAUAACCAGAAAUAAAACGACAAGGUCUAAAAUAUACCGUGAAUUUUUGGGUCUGGAUGACGAGGAACAUCAACUUAGUCAAGAUUCUCACAGUGAUAGCGGCGAUCACUCGCAGGAAGACUUCAGACAGAAGAGACAAUUCUUUGAAAACCAAUUCGAACAAGACUACAACGAUUCUUUCGAUCGUGUCGAGAGAAAUUUACUAAAGUCCUGUCACAGGCUGGAAGCUACUGUUAACAAAUAUGAUAAGUAUUUUACUCCAGAACAGCCGAGAAGCAGAAAUAACUACUUUACUCAUUCGGCACAAAGACCCAGGGAAUAUCUUCAGCAUUUAGUACAAAUACGAAGGCAGGUAGUGAAAGGGGACAGUGACAUGAAUGGAACAUCGACGGAUAGCAGCUCACAAAGAUUAUACUGAAGAAGAAACAAUUCAUUUUAUAGUAAGUAGUCUAAGUUUAGUACCUAUAAGUUUACAUUUUAAUAUCCAGUGCAUGUAUAUUACAUAAUACUCAAGAUAGUAGUGUAAAUCAAUAAUAACUUUAUUAUGCAAUCAACAUCCUUAUUCCCUUUGGAUCGAUUUGCGAGAAAGUUAUCUUAUCCUGUUAUGUCCAUGCGAGUCCGGUUUAAUUUUGGGCGUCCCGUUAGUCAGGCGAAACAUGGGAGAAAUGAAGAAUGGUUUGGAUGGUUUGAA